AGAUGGCAACCUGAGUGUGUCACUGGGAGGGUGAAAUCCAAGUCAAACUUCAUAUUCUUUUUCAGCUAACAUCAUUUUGUUAAUUGCUGUCUAAAAAUUCAUACUGUUUUAUAUCCUUUAUUCCUUUUGGCUUAGGUUAAUGGCAUCAUAUGUUGUUUAUGGGUUUUCAGGGUUCUCAUGGCUUCAUGAAGACACAUCAAUGGCGUGAUUCAAUUGGGGCCUUCAUAAAUGUAGAAGCCUCUGGGACAGGAGGUCCUGAUUUAGUUUGCCAAUCUGGACCUGGUUCUUGGCCCUCUUUUGUCUAUGCCCAAUCAGCAAUUUAUCCCGUGGCACAUAGUGCCGCUCAGGAUGUUUUUCCAGUUAUUCCUGGAGAUACAGAUUACAGGAUAUUUUCCCAAGAUUAUGGCAAUAUUCCUGGCCUGGAUAUAAUUUUUCUUCUUGGUGAUUAUUAUUAUCAUACCUCCUUUGAUACUGUGGACAGACUAUUACCUGGAAGCAUGCAAGCACGUGGAGAGAAUUUGCUUAGCGUACUUAAGGCCUUCACUUAUUCUUCUAAGCUUAAAAGCGCUCGCGAAGGAGAAUCUGUUGGUGCUAGUGCCAACGACUAUAAUGAUGAGCGAGCUGUUUUCUUUGAUUAUUUAACAUGGUUCAUGGUAUUUUACUCAAGGAGGGUAGCUGUGGUACUUCAUAGCAUACCUGUUGCCAUUUUCUUUGUUAUGCCAUUCUUUUUGUGCCUGCUGAAUUCUGGCUUACUUCGAAUGUUGAUCCAUGCCACUGGAAUUUUGCUGGCUAUUAUCUUCCCAAUUAUGUUUUCUAUCCUUAGAUUGCAAUUCUCUAGCUAUGCGAUUAACUGGUUUUCUAAUCCAUACUUGGUUUUCAUGAUGUUCAUUCCCUGCUCACUUCUUGGUCUAUUGAUCCCAAGAGUAAUUUGGUUUUCUUUUCCUUUAUCAAGAUGUUUCAGUUCUCAAGAUACCGAAAGGGACCCUUUGGAUCUGCUGUCACAACUGGUAGUCUCCUCUGAGAUGGCACUAUCUGAUGAAGCAAGAUUCUGGGGAGCAUUUGGAUUCUAUGCUUUAGUAACUUUGGCUUAUCUUGUUGCUGGCCUAAGUGGAGGCUUCUUGACAUUUUUCUUUGAUGUGUCUAUGCUAAUUGCAUGGAUUUUCUUUUCACUCAUGGUCAAGUCUUGCGGUCAUCAAGCAUUCAGCAUGUUUCAUCCACUCCAGUGUUUAGGUUUUGUCUUGCUUUUCCUUGCUAUUUCUUUUAUUGGGGGUUAAAGGAAAGACAAAUGCUAAGUGGAAAAAAGAUAAAUGCUUGUCCUUAUUUGCAUGGUUUAAUGGAAAAGAGAAAAAUUGAUAGCUCCAGAACCCAUUCAGUUUCUCUCCCAAAGCGGCAAAGGGUUGAGUCAACUGUUAGCCCAUAUGACCUGGAAUUAUCAUGUGAUGACAAAUUUUUUGUUGACAUUUUCAUUUCUUCUUGAUUAUGUAACUGCAUAAAAGAUACUAAUCUGGUUGUUGCUGCAGAGGCAGCUUGAGCUUGAUAUUAGGAGAUUGUGUAAUGUUCUUUGUUGUUUAUUGUAGUUUCUUUAUUCCUGUUAAGUGUAAUCUCCCUCCUAUGUUCUUAUGGUUCUUUUUUUUUUUUUCUUUCCUUUCUUUCUUUGCUUUCUCUAUCAUAAAAUCCCUGUUUUUACUGCUACUGUAUAAAAGCUAUAUAGCACAGAAAACUGAAUGUAGCCUGAUUAAAGUUAUAUCUUUCAGUUCAGCAGUUUUUUAUGUGCUUCCACGAAUUCCAUGCCUUACAUACUCUGUUUACUUUGGUGGGUUUCUUGUGCAAUUUUUGAUUGAGAAGAUGGGGUAUUACAUUUCAGAUAUUGUAGUGGCAGCAAUAGUUGGAAUUGUAACUGGUUGGUGUGUGGAUCCUUUGAUACCAGUUUGUGGUAAUUGGUUGGCCAGACCAUCAAUCUUGCAAUUUUUGCUUCAUCUUAUUGUGCUUGCCAUGGCUCUGUCAUCCCAGUUUUUUCCAUAUAGUACAGCUGCACCUAAGAGGGUUGUUUUCCAGCACACAUUUCAAACUUCAGAUGCAAAUCAGCUCAUUGAUUCCAGUUACCAUUUUUUGGAUUCCAAUUCUUUAU